AUGGAGAAAAGGGCUCGGAGCUCCUCCAGAGACGCCCACAGGAGAGGCAGCGGCUCCUCGCACAAGGAGAGCAAAAGGGCGAAGACGGACAGGGGCGGCCGAGGCCGCGGGCACCGGGAUGCAGAGCCGGAGCAGCCGGCCCUCGGGCGGGCAGGGAGCCCGGGCGAGCCCCGAGCGCCGGCAGCCACUGUGGUGGACGUGGAUGAAGUCCGGGGCUCUGGCGAAGAGGGCACCGAAGUGGUGGCGCUGCUGGAGAGCGAGCGGCCCGAGGAAGGUACCAAGUCUUCCAGUUUAGGGGCCUGUGAGUGGCUUCUUGUCCUCACAUCGCUGCUCUUCAUCAUCGUGACCUUCCCUUUUUCUAUCUGGUUCUGCAUAAAGGUUGUACAGGAGUAUGAGAGAGUAAUUAUAUUCCGACUGGGACAUCUGCUUCCUGGACGAGCCAAAGGCCCUGGCCUUUUCUUCUUUUUGCCCUGCCUGGAUACCUACCACAAGGUUGACCUUCGUCUCCAAACCUUGGAGAUACCCUUUCAUGAGAUUGUAACCAAAGACAUGUUUGUGAUGGAGAUAGAUGCCGUCUGCUACUACCGCAUGGAAAAUGCCUCUCUUCUCCUAAACAGUCUUGCUCAUGUGUCCAAAGCCGUCCAAUUCCUUGUGCAAACCACCAUGAAGCGUCUCCUAGCUCAUCGAUCCCUCACUGAAAUUCUUCUUGAGAGGAAGAACAUUGCUCAAGAUGUAAAGGUUGCCUUGGAUGCAGUGACCUGUAUUUGGGGAAUCAAAGUGGAGAGAACAGAAAUUAAGGAUGUGCGCCUGCCGGCUGGGCUGCAACACUCAUUGGCGGUGGAAGCCGAAGCACAAAGACAAGCCAAAGUGCGGAUGAUCGCUGCAGAAGGGGAGAAGGCCGCCUCCGAGUCCCUGAGGAUGGCAGCCGAGAUUCUAUCAGGCACUCCAGCCGCUGCUCAGCUUCGGUACCUGCACACCCUUCAAUCCUUGUCCACAGAGAAACCUUCCACAGUGGUUUUACCUUUGCCAUUUGACUUGCUUAAUUUCCUGUCUUCUCCAAGCAAUAGAACUCAAGGAGGCAUCCCCUUACCAAAUCCUUCCAAACCUGUUGAGCCGCUGAAUCCUAAAAAGAAAGACUCUCCCAUGUUAUAG